CUCCAGAGUGGAAAAAAAAAAGUGCUGAAGAGUCCUAGGGAGAUGAGGCUAUUUUUGUUUGAAGCUGAUACUUUUAGCUGAGCCACAAGUACUGCUUGGAAAGGGCUUAGGUUGUUUCCAGGGGAGAACUCUGCAGAGAAGAGGCAAAGUUCAACAAGACCACAAAAACCAGCCGAAACAGCCAGGAAAAGGAAGAGCCCUUGCCUUAACCCUCUCCCAGAGUUUUUUAAUCCUACUUGAAUCGGCAAAGUGCCACUUGACUGGAACUUUUCACCUGAUUGAUUUCUGCACCCACCAUGACUGAGAUCACCGCUGAAGGAAAUGCAUCUACAACCACAACAGUGAUAGACAACAAAAAUGGAUCUGUUCCCAAGCCCCCUGGAAAGGUGCUGAAGAGGACUGUCACCGAAGACAUCGUGACAACAUUCAGCUCCCCUGCAGCCUGGCUUCUGGUCAUUGCUCUGAUUAUCACAUGGUCAGCUGUUGCUAUCGUGAUGUUUGAUCUAGUGGAUUACAAAAACUUUUCCGCAAGCUCCAUUGCCAAGAUUGGCUCAGAUCCUCUAAAACUAGUAAACGAUGCUGUGGAGGAAACAACAGACUGGAUCUAUGGCUUUUUCUCUUUGUUAUCUGACAUCAUCUCAUCUGAAGGUGAUGAAGACGAUGAAGACGCAGAUGAGGACAUUGAUAAAGGAGAAAUAGAAGAACCUCCUUUAAAAAGAAAAGAAAUACACAAGGAAAGGGCUGAAAAGCAGGAGAAACCUGAGAAGAAAAUACAAACUAAAGUUUUGCACAGAGAAAAAGGAAAAGAAAAAGAAAAAUUAAAAGGAGAAAAACCUGAGAAGAAAGCAACUCACAAGGAAAAACUUGAGAAAAAAGAAAGAACAGAGACAAAGACCAUGGCAAAAGAGGACAAGAAAGUUAAGACUAAGGAGAAGACUGAAGAAAAGGCUAAGAAGGAAAUGAAAGUUGGGAAACAGGAGAAAGUGAAACCAACAGCUGCAGAAAGGAAAGAAACUCUGAAAACAUCACCAAAAGCCAGACAGAGGGAUGACAAAGAGACACCAGCUGUGCCCAAGCAUGAGCAGAAAGAUCAGUAUGAGUUCUGUCGAUAUAUGAUUGACAUGUUUGUCCAUGGGGAUUUAAAACCAGGUAUUCCAAACAAUUCUUAUUGUUGUCUGUCUUAAUAGCCUUUGUUUCUAAGACUGUCAACUUUAUCUGUCCUAAGCUAUGUUUUCAUUUAAAAACUUGCAUAAUGCAUGUGCAGACCUAGAAUAAAGACAAUAAAAUGCAGAAAUAAUAA